AUGCCUGUCUCUUUUUCAUUUAUUUUUAGCUGCAAAUUGGAUAUUCGUACUCGGGGGUUGACUGUCUUCUUUGAAAUAAUUAAAACCUAUGGUGGCCAAUUCAAGAUCCACUGGUGGCAGGAGACUUUCAGCAUUAUCUUUCGUGCUUUCCACCAUAUACGCGCAUCGGAGCCUAAGUGGCGACGCCUCUCAACGGUGAACAAGUCCGCUUCGUCACCAUCCGAGGCUGAUAUCGUCACUCUUUCUUCCCCUAAUGCUCCUCAGUCCAAUUCCCAAUCUCACUCUCAAUCGAAUGAGGCAUCGCAGGGUAAUGAAUACGAACAGGACACGGAUCCUAAUUUCAUUCCUGAUAGUGCCUCUUCCAGCGGAUUUUCACCCAUUCAUUCGGCACCCUCCGAGUCUACUCCUCAUGCAAAGGAAACAGUCACUUCCUCUGGAUCAAUGGAUACAGGACCAGCCGCUUUGUUGGCAGGGAUGUCAACUUAUGAAAGAAGUGAAUGGAUGAAUACUACCUGCAAUCAUACUCUCUACUCUAUCGUCGACGUCUAUUCUCAGUACUACGAAAUCCUCAAUGACGUUCUCAGAGGUUAG